CUUAACAACAAGUGCGUAGGUUUCUGAGCUUCCUUUCAUUUAUUCUGCUCCCCCACUUUCGCGCUCUUAUAUUACCAAAAAGUGUGAAAAAAAUCAUUUGCCAAACGCUGGGAGAUCCACCGUGUCCCAAUCUCAUUGGUCGACAAGCGUUACAGUCUCUAUUCCUUCUCAGUCAAUAUAAUAUAUAAUAACAUGCCGAGUGCCUACACAAAAAUCCUCCCCACAACUAAAUCUCUCUCUGUAUCUGUCUAUCUUCUUUUCCUUUCCAUUUCAGGCAAAACACAAUGAAGGGCUCUCACUCCCACUUGCCGGCUCCUUCAGUACCACUCCCGCCCGCCGCCCAAAGGCUGGCUGGCAAAGUUGCCAUAAUCACCGGAGGCGCCAGCGGGAUCGGCGAAAGCACGGCCAGGCUCUUUAUCCGCCAUGGUGCCAAAGUCGUCAUCGCCGACAUCCAAGAUGACUUGGGCCAAUCCCUCUGCCGCCAGCUCGGCACCAAAGAUGUCGUUUCCUACGUUCACUGUGACGUCACCAACGACGCCCAUGUCCGCGACGCCGUGGACCUCGCCGUCUCCCGGUACGGGAAGCUGGACAUCAUGUACAACAACGCCGGAAUCGCCGGGCGCGUGGACUCCGCCAUCCAGCUCGAGUCCAAUGACAACUUCAAGCGCGUCAUGGAGGUCAAUGUGUACGGCGGGUACCUGGGCGCGAAGCACGCGGCGAGGGUGAUGGUGGCGGCGGGGAGGGGCGGGGUGAUCCUGUUCACGGGGAGCAUAGCGUCCGUAACGUGCGGGGAAUCGCCGCACGCGUACACGGUGUCGAAGCAUGCGGUGGUGGGGCUGAUGAGGAACCUGUGCGUGGAGCUCGGGGAGCACGGGGUGCGCGUGAACUGCAUCUCCCCCUGCGCGCUGGCGACGCCGCUGCUGAGUGAGGCGAUGGGCUCGGCGGGCAAGGCCGUGGUGGAGGAAGUGAUCUGCGCGUCGGCGACCCUGAAAGGGGUGGUACCGGUUCCGUCCGACGUGGCGGCGGCGGCGGUGUACCUGGGGAGUGACGAGGCGAGGUUCGUGAGUGGGGUCAACUUGAUGGUGGAUGGAGGGUACACGACGACCAACCAAGCGUUUAAAAUUGCUCUGGGGAACCUGUUGGGUGCGUAAAUUAGCUUCGCAUAGCCUAGCGAGCUAAUGACGAUGAUGCUACAUUUCCCUGAAUUUCCACUGGUUGUUUUUGAAGCACGUGUGUUUAAUUAUGUUGCCAAAAUGUUAUUUCAAAUUAUGCGGCUUGAAAUUUGUACGACUUCACUGGUUUACUGUUGGAAGAUGUACUGCUUGUUUGUACUUGUGUUGAAUUUACGAUUAAUGGUACUUUGGCCAUUGAACUAUUGAAUUUUUCUUCUACUCUAGGAUGCUGAACUAAAUUUUUCGUGGGGGGUAUUGAUUACACCAUUUACAUACGUGAUGCGAUUUAAUUUUUACAGUUCUUUUAUGGCUAUGUCACUAUGAGAUUGAAGACUUGAAAAUAUAAGAGUUUCGGGCUA